AUGACUAAUACACAGAGAUCCGCUAAAGAUAAAUUACAAAAACGACAUGUUUCUUUUUCAUCAACUCAUUCUAAUAAAUCUAUGAACAGUAAAGAAACAGUUAGCGAACCAAAUGAAAUAUGUAACUAUGUUAAACCUGUUGUGUUGUUUUAUCAUGGGUUAAUGACAUGUAGCGAAAUUUGGGUUUGUAACUAUGAAUACAAGAAUAGAUUAGGCUGUUUACUAGCUGACGCUGGAUAUGAUGUGUGGUUUGGUAAUUCUCGAGGAAACAAGUAUUCGAUGAAACACUUAAAAUAUGAUCCAAGCGGACGUAAGUUCUGGGAUUUUUCAAUGGAUGAAUUUGCUCUUUAUGAUUUGCCAGAUACCAUUAAUUACAUAUUAGAAAUGACAGGUGCACCAUCUUUGUCAUAUAUUGGCUUUUCUCAAGGAACUGCGCAAUGUUUUGCGGCAUUAUCGAUAAAUCCAAAGAUCAACAGUAAGAUUAAUUUAUUCAUUGCUCUGGCUCCUGCAACAAGCCCCAAAGUAAAUGCAUUCAUAAAAACUUCGCCGGAUAUAAUCUAUUUAUUCUUUGGUCGUAGAGCAAUGUUAACAAUGGCAUUAUUUUGGCAACGAGUAUUGUCACCCCCUAUAUUUACAAAAAUAGUAGAUUUUGCAUUAAAAUUUUUAUUUGGAUGGAGUUGUGAAAAUAUUAGUGAAAUUCAAAAGGCUAUUGGAUAUUAUCAUUUGUAUAGUUGUAGCAGUGUCAAAAGUGUUGUGCAAAUUACUACACCCAUUGCAAUAUUUUAUGGAGGCUGUGAUAGUUUAUUGGAUAUAACUAUGUUAUUAGAACAAAUUCCUAAGCCUGUAAUUGUUAGAGAGAUUCCGGAGUACGAGCAUUUAGACUUUAUUUGGGCAUCAGAUAUAAAUCAUAAAGUAUUCCCAGUAAUAUUUUAUUUAUUACGUAAAUAUAAUAUCCAUGAUGAUAAUGACAUCACAUAUUCCUCCGAUGAACCAUCUGACAUUGAGCAAAAUUAUAUAUUUGACUAUGAAGAUUAUGACAAUCAAUCCAAUAAUGAUGUGACUUAUCAACAACAAAAAGAAGCUAUUCAACGUGAUACGACGGUUGGAGAACUUUAUGAUAAUGAAUUAUCAGAUAGUCAUUACCAAAAAGUUAGUGAGCAUAGAGAAGAAUUUGAUAGUAAAAGCUAUAAUAGUAAUGAAAUUGAACAAGAAAGUUCUGAUGAAUCAGAUCAUACAC